AAGAAACCUCGCUUUAUAAAAUCUGUCUAGGGCAGGAAGGGAAUUUCACGGAUCAUCGUCGGCGGCGCGCGGCUCGCUCGCAUUCUUUAAUCAAUCAGGUAGAGAUCAUCAAGAGGAAUGGGCAAGGGACCGGGAAUGUUCUCCGACAUUGGCAGGAGUACCAGAGACCUCCUUAACAAGGACUAUUUCUACGACCACAAAUUCACUGUCACGACCACAACCUCGUCUGGCUUGACGUUCACCUCGACUGGAACAAGGAAAGGCGAGUCUCUGGGAGGGGAGCUCUGUGGCCAGUUUAAGCAUUACAACAUCACCACUGACGUGAAAGUCGACACAAACUCAAACGUGUAUGCCACAGUCACUGGCAAUGAAGUCAGCCAAGGAGUGAAGGCGAUCAUCGGCGUGAAUCUCCCCAACGUUUCGACUGGAAAGGUGGAAGUUCACUACGUCCACGACAAUGUUGGCAUCACCAGCGCUGUGGGACUGACUGCCUCGCCUCCAGUGGACGUCACGGCGGCCUUUGGCAACAAGGAGUACUCGCUGGGAGGCGCUGUCUCCCUCGACACUGCCGCUGGAACCGUGAAGAAGUACGAAGCUGGGCUUGGCAUCACCAAGCCGGACUUCACCGCUGCUCUCCUCUUGUGUGACAAAGGAGAUACUGUGAAAGUCAGCUAUUCACACACGGUCAGUCCACUGACGAAGGCCACUGUCGGCGCGGAGGUGGUGCAUUCGAUUUCAAAGAAGUUGAAUACGUUUACCAUCGGUGGCGCGUAUAAUCUGGAUCUCCUCACCACCGUCAAGGCUCGCCUGAAUAAUCAGGGGAAGCUCGCGGCUCUGAUCCAGCACGAGUUCCGGCCGAAGUCGCUCUUGACGAUCUCUGGCGAAGUCGACACGAAGUCCCUGAACAAGGACACCAAAGUUGGUCUAGCUCUUUCGCUCAAGCCAUGAGCAAGUGAGUAAAAACGUCAGUCGAGUCAGUCAGUCAGGGGUAUAAUCUCCUGGAACGAACCUUGGAAAAAGAAUUUUUCUUUUGUCUGUGACGCUUUUGAUGUGAGCAGGAAUAAUUCGAGCUCGCUUUUUCUCC